GGCAAGAAGGCUGCUAGAACCGUGGUGGCGGCAGCAGCCUGAGUUGCACUAAGGCUUUCGGGUGUGGGGAACCGCGGCCAUGGACCAUAUCACGGUGCCCAAGGUAGAAAACGUGAAAUUACUGGAUCGUUAUAUAGGUAAGAAACCAGCAAAUGGAAGUCUGUAUCUUACUGCAACCCACCUGAUCUAUGUGGAAGCUUCUGGUGCAGCCCGAAAAGAGACAUGGAUUGCAUUGCAUCAUAUUGCAACUGUGGAGAAAUUGCCUGUCACUAGCCUGGGGUGUCCCCUGAUCCUCCGCUGCAAGAAUUUCCGGUUGGCCCACUUUGUUUUAGAAUCUGAUAUUGUGUGCCAUGAGGUUUAUAUUUCACUGCUAAAGCUUUCUCAACCAGAAUUACCUGAAGAUCUGUAUGCUUUUUCAUAUAAUCCCAAGUUCUCAAAAGACAUGAGGGAAAGUGGAUGGAAGCUGAUUGACCAAACAUCAGAUUUUGGACGUAUGGGAAUUCCUAACAGGUACUGGACCAUAACAGAUGCCAACAGAAACUAUGAGAUAUGCAGUACCUACCCUCCUGAAAUAGUGGUUCCUAAAUCUGUUACAUUGGGAACGGUGGUUGGUAGUUCGAAGUUCAGAAGUAAAGAACGUGUGCCUGUGCUCUCCUACUUCUACAAAGAGAACAAUGCUGCCAUUUGCCGCUGUAGCCAGCCUCUGUCUGGAUUUUAUACUCGUUGCAUAGAUGAUGAACUCCUGCUAGAGGCUAUUCGCCAGACAAAUCCAGGGAGCCAGUUCCUGUAUGUUGUAGACACAAGACCAAAGUUAAAUGCCUUGGCCAACCGAGCAGCUGGGAAGGGGUAUGAAAAUGAAGACAACUAUGCCAACAUUCGCUUCAGGUUCAUGAGCAUUGAGAACAUCCAUGUGAUGCGGAACAGCCUGCAGAAACUCUUGGAAGUUUGUGAAUUGAAAACUCCGACAAUGAGUGAAUUUCUUAGCGGCCUGGAGAGCUCAGGGUGGUUGAGACACAUUAAAGCUAUUAUGGAUGCUGGAAUUUUCAUUGCAAAGGCAGUGAAGAUAGAAAAGACCAAUGUCUUAGUCCAUUGUUCUGAUGGGUGGGACCGCACAGCACAAGUCUGCUCUGUGGCCAGCAUCCUCCUAGAUCCAUUUUAUAGGACAUUCAAAGGACUCAUGAUCCUGAUAGAGAAAGAAUGGAUAUCCAUGGGCCACAAGUUCUCCCAAAGGUGUGGCCACCUGGAUGGGGACUCUAAAGAAGUAUCCCCUAUUUUCACACAGUUCCUAGACUGUAUCUGGCAAUUAAUGGAACAAUUUCCAUGUGCCUUUGAAUUUAAUGAAAAUUUCCUGCUGGAAAUUCAUGACCAUGUUUUCUCCUGCCAGUUUGGGAACUUCCUUGGAAACUGCCAGAAGGAUCGAGAUGAUCUGAGAAUAUAUGAGAAAACCCAUUCAGUGUGGCCUUUCUUGGUUCAGAGGAAACCAGACUUCAGGAACCCUCUCUAUAAAGGCUUCACUAUGUAUGGGGUACUCAAUCCUAGUACUGUGCCCUACAACAUUCAGUUCUGGUGUGGGAUGUAUAACCGCUUUGACAAAGGGUUGCAGCCCAAGCAGAGUAUGCUAGAGAGCCUCCUGGAAAUUAAGAAGCAGAGAUCAAUGCUGGAGGCAGAUGUGCACAAACUAGAAAAGAAACUGAAAGCCCAUGAUGAGCCACCAGAAGUCUGUAUCUGCUCUCAAUUAGGGCAUUUAUUAUCUCAGCACCUGGGAACUCCUUUGACAAAUCCUGUCUCUUUUAUGGGUACUGAUGGAGACCUGAAUAUGAUGGAGAAUGGCACUCUUUCUAGAGAAGGAAGCCCUCUAGUUCAGAUGGAUCAAGCAAAAAGUCAGUGUGCAGACCUCCACCAUGACUAUUAUGAGGUCAUGGGCAACCUUAGGGCCAUAAACAUUUCUAGAGAUGUGGGCUUCUCUGGAGACACAGGCAUCUCUGGGGUCUUGGGCAUCUCUGACAACAUGGGCACCACUGAGGCUAUGGGCUUCUAUGAAGAUACCAGCAUCUCUGAGACCAUGAGCUUCUCUGGGAACAUGGGCAUCUGUGAAGACAUAGGGCUGUCUAAGGGCAGCACCAAGAUAGGCUUCUCUAAGCAACAGUGA